GUAACACCGCGACGCUCCCUGACGGCGAGCUUCACGGAAAAGCGGAGACGACGGCUUGUUGACGGUCCCUGCAUUGUCUGAUGAAAUCAGUGAGCGGAGCGACGGGACGGACACACCGACUCACCGAGGGCCCGCGGCGGCAAAAAACACCCUUUAUCACCGAGAACCGGCGCUGUGUUAACACCGGAGAGUGAGACGGCGGUCUGAAGUCGGUAACUAAGCGAACGAACCGCAUGUUUGGAACAAAUAUUCAGAAUUCGCGCCGGUUAACUGACCGCUAAGCUAGUUAGCUUCUCCUGCUAAGCUAACUGCUAGCAGCCAGGCAGACUCCCGCCGCCGCACCGGAGACUCAACCGGACACCAUGGCAACGCUGCCGGCCGCACACCGGGACUCAUCCGCUCACCGGGACUCCGCCGUGUUCUCCAUUACCGUCUUCACCGAGUUUUCCACCAGAAAGAAGUCCAACCACCACUCUCCGAGGAGCGGCUUCAGGGACCGUGUCCCCCCGGUGUCCUCCGGCUACGGGGCUCGGUGUGCGGGACAGGCCGUCUAACGGACCGCUGAGUGUUCAUGGAUGUUAAUAAACAUUAAUCAGUGAAGGGAUAUUGAUAACUGAGAGGAUAUCGAUCAGUGAAUAUCGGUAACUGCAGGUGUCGGUCCACAGCUGUCUCACCUGUCUGUCUCACUCAGGUAAUACUGUGUCUCGUCUUCAGGUAAUGUUUUUGUCCCAGUCUUUAUUUGUUGCACUUUGGAUUUGAGGAAAAUGUUCAGAAGUUUGAGCGGUGACGGACAGUUUUCCGGCGGGCAGAGCUCGUCCUCUGCGGCCGACCGAGAGGUCACCUCCCCCGGGCUCGACAGUCAGGAAAACUCGUGGAUCGGCCUGCUGUCCAGGCCAGCCGUGUCCUUCCUGCAGAGGUAUCUCCCGGGGCGGCCCCGGGCCCCGGCCCGGCCCGGCCCUGGGGCCGACUGGAUCAAGUCCAGCCUGGUAGAGGAGAGGGAGCUCCUGCGGCAGCUGGACGACCUGAUGCCGGAGCCCCGGGGCCCGCCGCUGUCCGGCCUGCUGGAGCCCGUCGGCGGCUUCCCGUGGCUCUCUGUUGAGUCUUUGCGGGACAUGGGUCUCCAAAGCCCGGAGGAGGUGGACCUGAGUCUCUGCCAGCAGUCCCAGCUGGGAUACCUGUCCUCUGUCAGGACUUUCUUCAGUCACGUCCUGCUGAGCUCCUCUGCGGAGGUCAGACCUCCGGUGGGGGGCAGGACCUGGUGGGGCAGCCUGUGGGGGGGCGAGGACAGCUCACACAGAGGACUGCGGUCAGAUCUGUCCCCGGUCCAGCCGUCUGAAACAAAAGGCCCUCAAACAGCUGCUGUGUGCGGCGGGGAGCGGUGGAUGCUGGGAGAAAACACUGGACCCAGUGACCACAAAGAGCAGCCGGCCAACAAAGGACCCCUUCAUGCAGUCCAGAAUUCACAGGGGUCCACGGCAGACUGCCCGCUCAGCAUCACUCACCACCGGACCAGCCCCGGAGCCGCCGCCUGCAGUGAGGUAGCUUUGCUGACCCCUGACCAGGACAAUGGUUACUCCAGUCUGGAGGAGGAGCACUUCCAGGUGAGUCACCUGAACAUGGCGAGCGAGGAGCAGGAGUCGGCUGAAAACACCACCGCCACAGAGGCAGAGACGGAGGACGAGCCUCCUGAGGAGGGAGAGUCAGCUCCAGGACAGGAGGAGGAGGAGGAGGAGGAGGAGGAGGCAUCUCAGGAGGGCUCAUCUGCAGGAGCCGUGGCGCUUGCGGCCCCUCAUUGCCAGAACAAAGCCAUCGCCUUCAUCAUGGGCUGCCCCUGCAGUGACGACGACAGCCAAUCAGACGAGGAGUCCAGUGAGGAGGAGGAGGAGGAGGAGGAUGAGGAUGAUGACGGCUUUGACAGCGAGGGCUCCUCUGACCUGUCCGACUCCACUGAUGAAGAUGAUGAGGAGGAGGAGGAGGAGUCUGACAGUGAGGCGGACUCGGAGGCGGAGCGUCUGUGGAGCUCUCUGUGCCAAAGCGUGGACCCCUACAACCCCCGAAACUUCACCGCCCGCCUGCACACCGCCAGCACGCUGCCCAGGGCCGUCCCUGCGUCCUCGCCUCCCUCUUCCACCCACUCCCCCCCUCCCUCCUCCCCUCCCCUCGCCUCUCCCCCCCGUCUGGCCAGGACGUCUGGGACGACUCCACCUCGGCCAGCGAGGCGGACGAAGCGGAGAGCCUCCGCCUGUGGACCUCCUUCAGCUGCUCCUCCGACCCCUACAGCCCCCUCAACUUCCAGGCCCCGCUCAGGACUCGAGGGCCCGCCGAGGUGGGGCCCCGGGCCAAGACCAGGGCUAAGAAAACCUCCCAGACUCCCCCUCGCUCCCCCCAUCACAACCCAGCAGCUCCACCCGAGUACAGGAAGGAGGAGGCGGAGGAGCGGCUGGACAGCGGCUUUUCUGAACCGCCGGCCUCCACGCAGAGCACCGCCAAGAAGGUGCGUUUGUUUUCUGUCUCUGCUCCUCCACGAAGUUCUCUGUAUUCACAUUAUUGAUUUACUUUGUCGUAAAAUACAGAAUGUGUUCGAUUCUUCGCGCCUCGAAGCAACCACAGGAGAAAAAACCCUGAAAAUCAGAAACGUGUCCAUCCAUCCGUCUGUCCUGUCUUCUGUUGGACAAACUGUCCAAAACAUAGAGGUUCAGUCCAAAAAUGUAAACAAAGACAAUCUGAGAGACCAGAGU